UAAUUGGAUAUGGCUUUCACAACUAAUAUUGUUCUUAAGGGAAAACAAAAUAAAAAUUGGGACAUGCGCUUCGCAGCACAUUUUCCGAGGGAAAUGUAGGUAAGUCGGUGGAAAUCAAUAAAGCUCUGCACAACGUGUGCCCGAAAUAGAAUUCAUAACUGAGAAAAGUCUUAGGAAAACUCAGAUGAGUGCAACGCGAAUACGGCCAGUUUCAUCCUGCACUAUGAAUUUCUAUACGAAAAGUUGAGCAAUUUGAAUGGUGAAAACUGUCGGAUCUUGACUCUCGAGAAAUCGCUACAGUGAACCUAUGCUUCAGUGAUAUUUUCGCAUUCUCUUCAAGAAUGCACCUAAGAUUGUUUCUUUUUUGUCUCUUUUUCGGGAGAUGUUCCUUUCAAAAGCCCAACACCGACAACAGGAGGCAUGAUGUGUAUAUAGCUGGAUUUUUCCCCUACGGGAAGGGAGUAGAAAACGCAGAUACGGGUCGAGGUGUCAUGCCUAGCGUUAAACUAGCUCUGGACCACGUUAAUGAACAUUCAGGGGUUCUGAGGAACUACAGGCUGCAUAUGUGGUGGAAUGACACCAUGUGCAAUGCCGCAGUGGGCGUUAAGGCUUUUUUUGACAUGAUGCACAGUGGACCUCAUAAACUGAUGCUUUUCGGAGCCGCUUGUACCCAUGUAACAGAUCCUAUAGCGAAAGCUUCUAAGCACUGGCAUUUGACUCAGCUGUCUUACGCAGAUACCCACCCAAUGUUCACAAAAGAGAAUUUUCCAAAUUUCUUCAGGAUAGUUCCAUCAGAAAAUGCGUUCAAUUCUCCCCGUCUGUCUUUACUCAAAGAAUUCAAUUGGACUCGAGUGGGAACUAUUUAUCAAAAUGAGCCAAGAUAUUCUUUGGCACACAAUAGACUUGUCGCAGAGUUAGAUACCUUAGGCUACCAAGUUGUCGAAACCCAAAGUUUCACUAUUGAAGUCAACUCUGCUCUAUCUAAGCUGAAAGAGAAAGACACUAGAGUGAUUUUAGGAAAUUUCAAUGAAAUAUGGGCACGACAAAUAUUUUGCGAAGCUUAUAAGUUGGAGAUGUACGGCAGAAAAUAUCAGUGGAUAGUGAUGGGGACAUACAGAAAGAAAUGGUGGAAGGCGAUUGAGCCGGAUCUCAACUGCACGCUGGAAGAACUAGAGAAGGCUCUGGAACAAACCAUACUAACUGACCUACUACCUCUCUCAACUAGUGGAGAAAUUACGAUAUCCGGGAUUACUGCGGAAGAGUACCAGACAGAGUAUGAUUCAAGACGAGGCAAGGAGUACUCAAGAUUCCAUGGAUACACCUAUGAUGGAAUUUGGGCUGUAGCAUUGGCUAUUCAGAACGUCGCCCAUAGGAUAAAGUACUACAUCAAGAACACUACAGUAGUCGAUUUUCGAUAUAGGGAUCCUUUUUGGGAGAAACUUUUUUUGGAAGCCUUGAAAAACACUAGCUUCGAAGGGGUAACAGGUCCAGUGAGAUUUUAUGAUAAUGAACGAAAAGCAAGCAUCUUACUCAAACAAUUCCAAGAAAGCGAGGAGAUUAAAGUUGGGGAAUAUAGCGCUGCCACUCAACACUUGGACUUAACAUUAGGGGCACCCUUAAAAUGGAUUGGAAAGCAUCCUCCUAAAGACCGUACCCUGUUGAUAAUCGAACAUACAAGAGUAAACAAGACCGUUUAUGCCAUUCUGGCUUCGCUGGCCAUUUGUGGCAUAAUAAUGGCCUCUGUGUUCCUCGGAUUCAACAUAAAAUACAGAAAUCAGAGAUAUAUCAAGAUGUCCAGUCCCCAACUCAACAAUUUGAUCAUUAUCGGGUGUAUGUUGACUUACACAAGUAUAGUAUUCUUAGGACUUGAUUCCGGAUUGUCAAGUAUUGAAACCUUCCCAUACAUUUGCACUGCUAGGGCAUGGACUCUUAUGGCUGGUUUUUCCCUUGCUUUCGGUGCCAUGUUCAGCAAAACCUGGAGGGUUCAUUCCAUAUUCACGGAUGUCAAGCUGAACAAGAAAGUCAUCAAGGAUUAUCAGCUUUUCAUGGUUGUGGGGGUCUUACUUUUUAUCGACCUGGUUAUUAUGACCACCUGGCAAGUUGCAGAUCCCUUCUUUAGAGAGACAAAGCAGCUGGAGCCCUAUCCUCAUCCGUCGAGCGAAGAUAUAAUCAUUAUACCAGAAAACGAAUACUGUGCGUCUGAGAGAAUGACAAUAUUUGUUGGUUCAAUUUAUGCCUACAAAGGGCUGCUGAUGAUAUUUGGAGCUUUUCUUGCUUGGGAAACAAGGAAUGUGUCUAUUCCUGCUUUGAACGAUAGUCGGCACGUAGGACUGUCAGUUUAUAAUGUUGCCAUCAUGUGUAUAUGCGGAGCAGCAGUAGCCUUAGUUUUAGAAGACCAUCAGGAUGCUAUGUUUUUAAUUAUAGGUGUUUUUGUGCUAUUCUGUACCACGGCCACCUUAUGGUUGGUGUUCGUUCCGAAAAUGUUGGAAUUGAGGAGAAAUCCCGCAGGAUCUAUCGAUAAGAGAUGCAGAGCAACAUUGAGACCAAUGUCGAAGACUAGGAGGGAUUCCAGUGUUUCUGAGUUGGAGACUAAAAUGAAAGACGUCAAAUCCCUUAAUUCAAAGUAUAGGAAAACCCUUCUCGAUAAAGAAUCAGAACUUCAGAUGUUGAUCAGACGGCUCGGCAAUGAGGCGAAAGAAAUUCUGGAAUCUAGGGCAGAUUCAAUCAGUGAGACCAAUAGGUUAUCAGUGCCUCUUAUUAAAAAAGAGCCACCUAGCGCUACGGAGACCAGCGAUCUUACAUCUCUCUGCAGCCUUAGUUCUCAAGACUUCACUUCUCUACAUCACAGCGACAGUCAAAAGAAAAGGAAACCGGUAAUUCCGGAUUCCCCAAAACGCGUUCCUCAGAUCACCAAUAACAACGUGACUACAAAACACCCCGAACCAGAACCCGAGAAAAUAACCCAAAAUGGCAACAUUGCGAAACAGCAAACUGUCAAAAGCGUUGCCAAGUCGGAUUACAUCGAAGUUAACAACUCCAUCAUUGAAGAAAUAGAGAACAAAGAGAACAUAGCGCAAGAAAGGGCGAAAAAAACGGAACCUGUCAGUAAGACGCCGACGAAAACUCCGACCCACGAGCGUAGGCCAUCGAGGGUGGGGGAAGUCGAGAGUACCAUGAAUGAAAGGAGGAGAUGCAGCAUGAAGAACGAGACAAUAGAAUAUAACGAAGAUUGCUGUACGAGGAGGGUAAGUAUACCUAAUGCUAGGGGGACACCGAAGAAGAAGACGGAUUGUGGGACGCACGUCGUCGCUAAGAGCGAGCUUUGGGAUACUGGUAACCAGCACAGGUGUUCAAAGAUUCACCAGAAGCCGUUGAAGAUAAUUCCUCAGGAUGAAGAAGACAACCAUAUGCACAGAACAACUUCUGAAAGGAACCGUCACACACAAAAACGCGACAAGUCCCCUACAGCAAAAAAAGAACUUUCCUCAUCUAACAUAAGCAAUCAACAGUGCAACAAACUAGGUUACUACCAAUCUACCCCCAAUGUAGCUGCUUUGAAGCCAACUAUCAAAACCAAAAGGGAUAAAUCAAUGUACAAUGCAACAUCCGAAAGUGAAUUGUUAGAUCGUGAGAUUUUGCCUAUUUUCCAAAAACUGUUGACUGAACGCAAUAAAAGCCAACACAAUAUAGCUUUUGGUAGAAGCUGUCCUAACAUUUCCAUCAAGUGUGAUAUCGUGGAAUACCUUUAGUCCAUUUUGGAGGACACUUAUAAAACUAUCAGUUGAAUAUAAACAAAAACUCAUACUUAUUGUAUUUCACAAUUUUUUUCAACAUUUGUUAAUUGUUUAUUAUAAAUUUUAUGAACUGAUUUUAUCCAUUGGCAUGUUAAUAGGAAAUUGAGGAGUUGAAAAUAAGUUGGUGUUUUUUACAUUGAAUUUGUGACAAUUCUCUGUUAUUGUUGUUUUGUAAAUAUUUAUGCUCUCAUCAUCGACUCAACAUUAAUUAUAAAUUUUUGUAUAUGAAUGGAAUAGUAAAUAGAUUCAAUGCUCAACUAACGAAUUUCUUCAGCUUUUGCUGUGUUUUUAUUUUUUGAAUUGAAAGACAUCAAUGAAUAAAAGGGAAUUUUCAAAUUAAAUAAUACUCUUUAUAUACAUUAUUGUCAAU